AUGGACGAAGGAAAUAUCGAUUUUAUCAAAAAAUUAUUGUUUGAUAAUGUUCUUGGUAGUAUAGAGUCAUCACCACAUACAGAUAAACAACGUCGAUGGCGUGCUAAGAAAAAAGAUCAACAUCAUCGUACUCAAUUAUCUCUACAUCAUUUACUAGUUGAACAAAUUUGUCAAGAUACAAUGGUAGAAUUUUUUACAUUUUUAUCAAAUCUAUCAACAAUAGAGAAUUUUCAUCAUGAAUUUCUUUCAAUUGAUGAUCUUACACCUGGUUGUCAUUUACAAGUUGAUGCAAUUUUUCAAAUAUCUCGACUAUUAUUUAAUAUUGAUAUUCAAGUAAAUAAUUAUACAUAUAUAUAUUAAAUUUAUUUUAAUUAGGUAAAAUUUAAUGAAUUUCGAUCUGCAACACUAAAAUCAUCGAAUAAAACUCCAUUGGUAAAUGGGUAAUUCCAUGGGAUUUAUACCACUUUGUAGAAAAAGAUUUUUUUUUUAAUUUUUUAUCGUUUUGUUUGGCUAAUGA